AUGUCUGAUUUAUUAGCUCCUUAUAAUUAUGCUGAAAAAUUAUCUAUAUCUGAAGAUGAUAUUGUUAAAGUUGAAGAUUUAGUAAGUUGUAUUGAAAAUUCAACUAUUUUUGAAGAUAGACUUGAUGCUAUAUUAUAUUUGAAGGAUUUAUGUCCAAAAAUGAGAUUACAUAUUGGAACAUUAGGUCUUCAUGCAUAUAUUGAUAUAUUGAAAGUUGACACUGAAAAUACUACGUUGAUUCACCAUGUUUUAGACCUUCUAAAAUUGUUACUCCAACCAGAUUGUGAAAAUUCUAUUGAAGAAGAUUUCCUUGGAGAUAGUUUAGCUGAACUAUUUGUUAGUAAGCCUGACUUAAUGGAUGCAAUUUUUCAAAUAAUGGAUACAUUUGACUUUUCUGUUAGAAAAUCUUUAGUUCAAUUUCUUAUUCCACUUUUUCGUUUUCGUUCUCUUGAAUUGAGGGAUAUUAUUAUUAAUCAGGGUAAUGGAAUUUGCAAAAUUGUUGAUUUAUUACAAGAUCAACGGGAAGUUAUACGAAAUAAUGUAGUACUUAUGUUAUCAGAAAUGUCCCGUGGAAAUGGAGUUAUCCAACAAAUGUUAGUUUAUGAAAAUGUAUUUCAAAUAUUAUUUUCUAUAAUACAAGAUGAAUCAUCUCAAAGUAUUGUUAUUGAAGAUUGUUUAUUUUUAAUGUACAAUUUAUUGAAAAGAAAUGAUGGUAAUCAAAAAUAUUUUUUUGAGGAUAUGAAUCUUGUUAGACUUUUAACUGAAACUUUUGACAAACUUAUUUAUCCUGGAGAGGAUAGAACUUUUGAUGUUGAGUAUGACUAUUCAAAACAAACUGUUACAAAUAUUAUAUUUGCUCUUGAAUGUGUUAGAGCUUUAGUUUCAACAGAUAAUAUUCAAGAAAAUAUUGUUGGUGCUCAAAAAGCUUUCUCUCAGACAGGACUUUUAAAAACAUUAUGCCAUGCUAUGUUUACAGAUGCCAGAUUAGGUCUUGAUGUUGUUUAUCAAACAAUAAUUACAACUAGUGAAAUUAUUAGAGGAAAUUCUUACAACCAAGAUUUUUUUAUAAAUACUAUUGUUCAUCAGGAAAAAAAACCAAUUUCUUCUCUUGCUGUUUUAAUGGAACCUUUAGUUGUUGAGAGACUUCCUUUUAAAUUACGAUCAUCAGCACUUUAUUCAUAUAUGUGUUAUGUUCAUAAUAAUGAAAAUGGUAAGAACUUAAUUGCAAAAGCAAUUAUCGGUAAAACAAAUGGAAUUAGUUCUUCCGCUAUGGAAAAAUUUGCAACUGUUGGUCAAAAAAUAAUGAGAGCAGUAAAAAGCAAUAAACCAUUUCAAGUAUGGGGUGGAUGUUUAUGUCUUUUAUAUCUUAUAUUUGAAAAUAAUGCAAGAAAAGAAGAUUUUUUAAGUUGUAAAAUUGAUGACUACUCGAAAACACUUUCUCUUUUUGAAUGGAUUUGUGUUUCACUUUUUAAACAAGAUAGAUCUAGAAAUCAAAUUAAAAGUGCUUAUUUAAUGUUAAUCACUACAUGGAUUGAUAAUUUUCCACCAGCUGUUGAUAUUUUAAUGAAACAAAGUGAUUUAAUGAAUUUUUUUUCUUCUGAAUUCCAAGAAUGUUCAUUUAUUGUUAAUGAGAAUGAACAAAGAACUAUUAAAGGAUUAAUUGCAUUUUUAUUAAUGACAAUUUAUAACAAUCUUGAAGAUUCAAAAGAAAAAGAAUCUAUUAUGCAACUAAUUAAAUAUCGUCUUGGAAUUGUCCAGGUAUCUGAGGCUAUUGAAAAAUUAUCGCAGACAGAAUAUUAUCUUGUAGCUGCUAGCAAACCAACUUUCAAUCCAAAAACAUCUGUAAAUGUAUAUCUAGAUUAUCAGUUUUGUAAACUAAUAAAAAUUCAUGAAAAAAAAUACCUAGACAUUUUAAUGUCUAAAAACAGAGAAAAUAAUGGAGAAUCACAGGAUAUUGAAAAUAUAAUAGCUGAAAAUAAAAAAUUAAUUGCUACAAAAGAUGAAGAGAUUAAAAAUCUUAAAGAUCAAUUGGAGAAUACAAAAAUAGAAUUAGAAAAUUUAAGGCAACAAAAUAUUAUUCUUCAAACUUCUUCUUUCAAAACCACGCAAGAUUUAACAGAUACUAUAAAAAUGUUAAAUGAAGCAAAACAAAAAAAUCAAAAUUUAGAGAAUGAGGCAAAUUUUUUGAAGGAAAAUGUUUGCCUUUGGCAACAGGAGGCAGGGAGAUUUAAACAGUGGGCAGAUGAAUGGCAGGGAUACCAAAUUAGUCAAUUACCAAAUUCACAGGAUGUUGUUAUUGGACAACUAACAAAACAGGUUGAGGAAUUAAAUGCUUUACUUGAUAGUGGAUAUAAGGCUUAUGAUCAACAAGGAAAAACUUUAUUGUACUAUAUUAAUUUAUGUGGAGAAAAACAAAAAAAUACAAAUGAUAAUGAUAAUGAAUGUCAUGAAAAUACAACAAAUUGUUAG